AAUACACUAAUGAUAAGGGAGAAAGAUAAGACAGGUGGUUCAGGACAAUUCUACAGAGCGUAUUGAUCCACUAGAAAGAUCUUUCCAAACCUGUAUUCGCCUUGGGGGAGGGGAGUGUUGGGCCAGGAAGCAUUUGUGAACUCCGAAAGACUACCAAGGAGCUGAUUCAGACGCAAUCACAUUGCCGUUUUUACAUACAAGUUUUGGCCACACAACUCUCUGACAGCAGAGUGGGAGUGUGCAGUGGCCGGUCAAGUUCUCAGGCUUCUUCCCUUUGAGACAGAGACUAGUCCUAAGAGGGAGUAGGUUUGGCCUCUCAUUCCCCCUUUCUCUGGUAACCAGAGGGCCCAGUCAUGGGACUUGCUGACAUUUAUCUAAUCUCACGAAAACAGUAACAGGGCUAUGUCUUUAUGACUCAGUUAACUCAGGCCUGGAUAUAUUGGUGACCAGAAAGGACUGGACUAUAUUUUGGAGGGGGUCAGGGUUGUCAUUGUCUAGUCCUUAAGGUGUCCCUGGGGCUUAGAUAGUGGGAGAGAGGGGGGAGUCCUGAGGCUGAAUUGUUGUAAGACCCCAUAGUGGCCUCACCUCAGGAGCACCACCCACAGAGCACAGGUUGACAAAGUGACCUCGGCAAUAGCAUGAGGGUAUAAGGUUUUUAAUCCACGUACAUGGGGUUGCUCAUCCACGCAGGGAGAGGCAACCCCGAACCCAAAAAGCACACAACUUUUAUUUGUUACAGAGGGCAGAUUUCAGCAACAGGAUUAUCUGGCCUAUUCUCAUCGGUGGUACACAGGACAAAGGAUCUGGUCAGGUAUUGGCUGGCCUGCUCAAGGGGCUGUUCUUGGCUCAGCUGGUCACUUUCCUCAUCCAGCCCUACACCUGGCCUUGGUGAAUCACCGGGGAAGGGGCUAAGUUGGCACGUCCCUUGGGGGAAGGGUGAACUGGGUGGUCGGGCAGGUUGACCCCAGGGCAAUGGGGGGAACCUUUCUAAGCAGGCUCUAAUGACCCCUGGUUGGAGGAGGACUUGUGAGGGAAACCUGUUUUAUAGAGAAUAGGAAGUUUAGGUCAAACAUGUUUAUGAGUCCAUUGGACAACUUUGAGAUCAUCUAGCAAUUGGUGGCCCUCAAACUCAGUGAUGACCUCUGACUGUAUGUUAAAGAACAAUGGAGAAUGGUAUCCGGAACAUGAUUUUAAAAAAAAGGGGUGAGUCUAUCUGUUAAGGGGAGUUUCAUACCCUAUAGAGAGUGAAGGGAGGGAGUUACUCAGUCAUUUCCAGCCUCUUAGCUUAAUUUAGUUAAGGUCUCUUUUAGGGUUUCUGUUUAUUCUUUCUACCUGUCCUGAACUCUGGUCUAUAUGUACAAUAAAGUUUCAAUCAGCCUCUAGAAUAUUGGCUAGUCUCUGACUUAUCUGGGACACAAAAACUGGUCCAUUGUCUGACCCUAUCAUCUGAGGAGGGCCAUACCUUAGCAGUAUGUCCUCUAAGAGCUUCUUUGUCUGUGGAUGUAAUUUUAUGUUUAGUGGGUGAAGCCUCAGUCCAACCUGAAAGGGUAUCUCUAUACCAGUAAAUAUAUCUAAAUUUCCCAGGUUGACCGCUAUGAAGUCUGUCUCUCAGUAGACCCUGGGCUCUGGGCCACUGAACUUAUUGCCAGGGUUCUUCUCCUUAGUAACUGGUGGCGCUAGCUGGCUGGCAGGCUUUACAGUUCUCGGCAGUCUCAGCUACCUUUGAGUUGGCAUCUCUAAUCCUGAUAUUAGCAAAUCCUGUGUUCUCUGGCUGCCCGUGUGGGAAGAGCAGUGGAUCUUCUGAAGUAUGUGCAGUCCCGUUUCUUCUGGCCCAAUGGGUUUGUAAUCUGUUCUUCAUCAUCUGUCACAGCACUGGGACAUGGGCAAAUUCCGAGCAGUCAUGCAGUGGCCCUUCAAGGUCUGGGUCAGGCAGCAAGGCAGCUGGGCAGUGGAGGCCAGAGAGGUUCUCCUGGGGUAGGACUUAAGAGGAGAGGCUGAUAAUGAGUCAUUCUGGCAUUGGUGAUGGUCAGGCUUUGGCCCAGUUUGUCAGCAUCCUUAACCAGGGGAGCCAUCAAUCACUGUGAUGAUAUGUAACCAGGAGAGACAACUUCUGGCAACUGGGUCUAAUUUCUUUGACAGGUAGGCCACUGGCUGGCCUCAGGGCCUCCAGUUCUCUCAUCCAUGAAGAGGUUCUGGCAGCACCAAAACUGAUGUAGAAAUAUUUUUCUGGCCUCAGAGAGCUGCCUCAGAACUCUGAAUAUGCACCCCCCAAAUCUAGGGAGGUCACCUGUGGUUGGCAGAGUAGGGUCUUCUGAGCGAAGGUUCAAUAGUCCAAAUUUCCCAGGGCUUCCAAGAGGUCCUGGGUCUCUUUUAGACAUUCUUGUUUGGUUUCUGCUGUCACCAGGAGGUCAUUUAUCAACUGUUGAAGAGACUAUCUGUAGGUUUUAGCAAGACAGAAUGUUAAGUUCUAUUAUCAACAAGGAAGCUGGUGAGUUUCUCUUACUUUUAGGCUUACCCUGGGCAUCUUUAGAGGCCACGGUUGCAUGCACUUUUUCUUUUGGGGACAUUCCCUGGCCCAGUGGCUCUCCUAUUUACAAUAAAUACAUUGGUUCUUUUCUAAGCAGCCAAUCUCGGUCUUUAGGGCCACCCUUAUCUCUUACGGAGGUCGGCCACUGGCUUGGCUCCAGGCCCUGAAUAAACACAUUGGUUUCUAGAAGCCAUGUAUUUUAGACGACUCCUACAGUCCUGUAGUUUGGCCGAGGCUGCUGACAGGAUCUUUGCCAGAUCUCCAGUCUGUUUAUUUUGCUCUUUUACCUGCCUUUUUUUUUUCUUCUAUUUUUCUAUCUUUAUUAAACACUUUUCCUGUCAUUAUCUUUUAGACUCUUCUCUUUAGUCCUUGAAUCCUUUUGAAUUCCCUGAUACCUGGGGCUGCCUGGUUAACAAAGGCUAGAGUUACCGCCGUUUUUUGCUUAUUUUUGGCCAAAUUAGUGGCUGUCUCACAGCAACCUUGAGACCUGCCAAUCAGAGCAUGGCAGUAAGACUUAGAGUCUCUAGACUCCUUAGCUUUAGCAGUGUUAAUCUUGGCCGGCCCUAAUCUGGUUAAAUCCUAAUCUGGGCAGGUUCCCCUAUGGGGAAACUGGUUCCUGGCCUCUGUCUGUGGUGAAGAGAACCUAUAAGAGCUCUUGGCAAUCAUCUCAAGUCAGCUGGUGGGUGAAAAGGACUGUCUCUAAGAGAGUAAUUAAAUCUCGAGGGUUGUCUGAGGAAGGGAGUUCUGAGUUCUCCAGUAGAAAAGGGCCAGCAGUGAUGAGGUUGGUUUCUUGAAUCACCAUCGAUCCAGCUGCACGCAAGGGCAGGACAACAGACUCGGGCUCCAGAGGCCAAUCUAAUCUGUGUUUUAAUCUUUGGGCAGAGAGUGUGGGGGUGGGCAGAGCCUGGAAGAAUUUAGUCUGCAGCCAUUGCAGCUCUGGGUAAGUGGCUGCCCUGAGUGCCCUAAAGGCACCUGAAAGGGAAUGGUUGUUGUCUCUCAGUGGGCUGAGUGUGGCAGGAUGGUGUCAACGGAGAACUUCUCACGACUCAGAGACUACAUCUGUUUAGUCAGGGAGCAAACACUUCUGGCAGGAUGGGAAGUCAUUUACUGAGCAAGAUGAGUGACCAGGAGUCUGUUCCAAGCUUCGGUGAGGGAGACAUCUGCCCACGAGGAGCCUCUCCUGCCCAGUCCGCGCUUGCAGCCCUGCUCUCUGGGAAUUCAUCUCCUCACUCAGGGAGAUCUCAGUUAGGGACACGGGAGGCCCCAGUCUUAGAGCUUUCUUGGGGUGGUGGACGCUUGUGUGUGCCGCACCUGUGCUCUGCGGAGUGGGGAAGGGAGACGCGCUUGUGCGAGCUGCGCUGCCAGGCCCACCACAGGGCCGGGACAGGUUCCUUGUGCCUUGCGGCUGGGGGAGGGCCCCGGAGGACGGCGCUGAGAAGGGGGUUUGGGUCCCCCAAGGGGCGCAGAAUCCUCUGGGUGUGGGUGGUGGGCGAGUGGGCGCCACAGCACCUUGUUGGCGGGCACCAAGUGACUGGGUCCCGCACCUUUGCCUGCGCGCAGUGGAGCCGCACCGGUUUGCUGUCCUGCUUCGGGGUCCCAGGUUCCCGGGCUGCUUGUGGGCCACUGUCCGCGGCGCCGUGGGGGCCUGAAGGCUCUGCUAUCCGAGUGACUGGGGCCCCGUCUGGACCGGUCCCCACCGCCGCCCGCGGUGCACUGCGCGGUCCACAGUUCGGGUCACUGGUAAAGCACUGGGCUAGUCUGGAAAAAGAAAAGGGUUAAAUCAAGAGGGUGGGUCUUCUAAUCUCACCGUUGUCAGUCAAAGUCAAAUUUGCCCCAAACAAGAAGCAGAAAACAGAGUGGACAGCAGUUCCUUUAAGCGACACAACAGAGCAGCUAGCCAGCAGUGAAAAUGAAUAGGACGGCGUGUAGGGCGGUUCUGCGUCAGCCAGCGGGUUUCACAUCUGCUUCUUCCUUCCCAGAAAUUAACAUCCGGGUCACUCCCUACCCCAGGGGCUUGGGAGUCUUUCCUAUGCCCGCAUGGAUAUGACAUACCAGUACAUUCACUGCAGUGGGAUUCUGCAUCGGCUUUCAUUAUUUCUUGCCACGAAAUACAGAUUUUUAGGCCUCUUCAGAACAGAAUUACAGAAUUAUUCAGAACAGAAUUACUGAGGUCCCACAAAGGCACAUGGAUAGAGACUACAUAAACACGUGGACAGACACAUUCAGACUCACGACAUUACGGAUAUUGAGACCCUUCAGGUUGGGUCCUGUUGGCCUUAAGAGUUCCCGGUCAACUCAACAAAACUGUUCCAGAAAGCACUGGUGAAUCCCAAAAGAUCACCAAGGAGCCGAUUCUGAUGCAGUCACAUUAGAGUCUUUAUUUACAAGCUGAAUCUGGGUCACUGGGUUCUCUGACAGCAGACUAGGAGAGCGCAGAUUGGGUUCUGCUGCAGGUCAGGUUCUCAGGCGCUUUCCCUUUAAAACAGAGGCGGGUCUCAAGAUGGAGUAGGUUUGGUCUCUUAGUGUCUGUUUCAGUUCAGUUUUAUUAUGAACACGACUCAGUAAACCAGAGUGUCCUUGAAUUCAUGAAUUCAGACUGCCUUUGCCUCCCAAGUCCUUGGACUAAUGACGUGUCAUAAUGCCUGGCUAACGGGUGACUUUUCCUCCAUGUUUUCUGUAUUCGUGCUAUUUGUCCUUCCUAUUUGUGAGAACUGUGGCAUUGACGCAUUUAUCUUUUAGAUCAUAUGUCACGAUUAAUAACAAAUUGGCUCCGAACAAUCUACUUUCAUGUUGUCAUUUAAUUGGGAGGGAUCUGCCUGACUCCAUUUUGAAGGCAGUAGACACCAUGCUGUAAUUUUUUUUAAAGAUUUAUUUAUUUAUUAUAUGUGAGUAGUACACUGUCUCUGUCUUCAGACACACCAGAAGAGGGCAUAGGAUCCCAUUACAGAUGGUUGUGAGCCACCAUGUGGUGGCUGGGAUUGAACUCAGGACUUCUGGAAGAGCAGUUGGUGCUCUUAACCACUGAGUCAUCUCUCCAGCCCACCAUGCUGUAGUUUUAGCAGUAACUUUCCCUUUAUUGUAAGAGCUGAGUUGCUGUUUUAAAGUCUGUUUCCUGGAGUCUGACCUGUCCCAACCUUGACGGGCUUUUGCAAGCAUCCUGACCCUCCCUCAGUGCUCUCCCUAAUCAUGAAACCACACGCCGUUUUUAUGUUUGUUUGUUUUGUUUUUUAGAUUUUUUUCUGUAUUUCUUUACUGUUCCACUUUCCUCACUUUUGUAGACCUGCUUUACAACUAUUUGUGAUUUUACUCCUUAAACGGAGCCCAGGAAAUAAAUUUGGGACUGCUUUGUUAAAUCCGACUAGGGAGACAGUCACUGGCCAGCGUUUGUCUGUACUCCAGUAAAAUCAACUUGCUUCAAAUUUGCCUCAAAAUUGUUGUAGUGGACUCAUUGUUGCCUGGUGGGAUUAACAUUUGAUUUUCAACGAAGAUCUUCCUAUAGGAAUGGACGGUGAUCCAGCCUUCUGGUGGGAGAAACAUCUAUCAUCGUGUUUGUGAUCUAGUUCCAGCUUCUCUCAGGAUUGUCUGAAGUACCCUGGCCUCCCAGGUUAAAUGAAGCUGCAGUUCACCUGACCUCCGCGUGUAGCCACAGAACAAACGGUUUGUUUCCUAAAACCUCUCCUUAAUUGUUAAUACUGAGGGCUUCCUUCCACUUGUGGGACCGAAGAGUCAUUCCACAGUACAUUGUGUAGUUCACUGAGCAAAUUAUCUUCCUUGUGUCCCGGAGGAAGAAGGGGAAGUGCCUAGCCUGUGUAGGAAGACACAGGAUGGUCAGCUAUCGGAGGCGGCAGGAGGCAAGUGCUAUUGAAAGACGUCUCCGCUGAUCUGCGGAAGCAGAUCUGUGCCCGGAGCGAGAGCAGUGCCAGGAAAUAUUGUGUGUGUCCCCUCAGUAUACUCUGACCUUAAGGGAGAAGCUCAUGUCACUCAGGCCUCUCUAGCCAAUCAGGACCUCCAGGAGGACUGCCAGUCAGAAGGCGAGGCGGGCUCUUCCGGGGCCGUGCUCCUGACUCUGUUCUCCGAGUUGGUGCUGGCAGUUCUGUGCUUCUGCUAAGCGCUGAGAGGGCUACGCGCGCAAACUUGGAGGCUACGAUAUGGGUGCAGUGACCUAUGAUGAUGUGCACAUAAACUUCACUCAGGAAGAAUGGGUCUUGCUGGAUCCUUCUCAGAAGGUGCUCUACAAAGAUGUUAUGCUUGAGACCUACAGGAACCUCAGUGUUAUAGGAUACAAAUGGGAAGAACACAAUAUUGAAGAACAUUUUCAAACUUCUAGAAUACAUGGAAGGCAAGAAAGAAGUCAUCCUGGAGAUAAAUCUUAUGAAUAUACUCAAUGCGGUGAAGCCUUUGGAUGUCAAAGACAUCUUCAAAGUCAUGAAAGAAUUCCUGCUGGAGAGGAAUCCUGUGAAUGUAAUCAGUGUAAUAAUCACAGUAUUCUUCAAAAUCAUGAACAAAGUCAUAUUGAAGAGAGACUAUAUGAAUGUAAUGAAUGUGAUAAAGCCUUUUCAACACAGAGUUAUCUCCAAAUACAUACAAAGACACAUCAUGGGCAGAAACCCUAUGAAUGUAAACAAUGUGGUAAAGCCUUUGCACAUCCUAGUUAUCUCCAGAAACAUGAAAAAACUCAUACUGGAGACAAACCCUAUGAAUGUAAUCAAUGUGGUAAAGCCUUUGCACACCACAGUUACCUGCAAAAACAUGAAGGAACACACACUGGAAAGAAACCCUAUGAAUGUAAACAAUGUGGUAAAGCCUUUGUACAACAGAUUCACCUUCAAGUUCAUGAAAGAAUCCAUACUGGAGAGAAACCCUAUGAAUGUAAUCAGUGUGGUAAAGCCUUUGCAUAUAGCAGUAGUCUUAAAAAACAUGAACUAGUCCAUAUUGGAGAGAAACCCUAUGAAUGUAAUCAGUGUGAUAAAACCUUUGCACAUCCCAGAUAUCUCCAGAAACAUGAAAGAACACAUACUGGAGAGAAACCCUAUGCGUGUAAUCAAUGUAGUAAAGCCUUUGCACAUCACAGUUAUCUCCAAAAACACGAAGGAACACACACUGGAGAGAAACCCUAUACAUGUAAACAAUGUGGUAAAGCCUUUGCACAACAGAUUCAUCUUAAAGUUCAUGGAAGAAUUCAUACUGGAGAGAAACCCUAUGUAUGUAAUCAAUGUGGUAGAGCUUUUACACAUCACAGUCAUCUUAAAGUUCAUGGAAGAAUUCAUACUGGAGAGAAACCCUAUGAAUGUAACCAAUGUGGUAAAGCCUUUGCAUAUAGCAGUAGUCUUCAAAUACAUGAAAUAAUCCACAGUGCAGAGAAACCUUAUGAAUGUAAUCAAUGUGAUAAAGCCUUUGCACAUCAGAGUUAUCUCCAGAAACAUGAAAGAACACACACUGGAGAGAAACCCUAUGAAUGUAAUCAAUGUGGUAAAGCCUUUGCCCAACAGAUUCAUCUUCAAGUUCAUGGAAGAAUUCAUACUGGAGAGAAACCCUAUGAAUGUAAUCAAUGUGGUAAAGCCUUUGCAUAUAGCAGUAAUCUUAAAAAACAUGAAAUAGUCCAUACUGGAGAGAAACUCUGUGAAUGUAGUCAAUGUGGUAAAGCCUUUGCACAUCCUAGUUAUCUCCAGAAACAUGAAAGAACACAUAUUGGAGAGAAACUCUAUGAAUGUAAUCAAUGUCAUAAAACUUUUUCAAAAGAGACUCUUCUCCAACUACAUAAGAGAACACACACUAGAGAGAAACCCUAUGUAUGUAAUCAAUGUGGUAAAGCCUUUGCACAUCACAGUCAUCUUAAAGUUCAUGGAAGAAUUCAUAAUGGAGAGAAACCCUAUGAAUGUAACCAAUGUGGUAAAGCCUUUGCAUAUAGCAGUAGUCUUAAAAAACAUGAAAUAGUCCAUACUGGAGAGAAACCUUAUGAAUGUAAUCAAUGUGGUAAAACCUUUGCACAUCCCAGAUAUCUUCGAACACAUGAAAGAAUACAUACUGGAGAGAAACCUUAUGAAUCUAAUCAGUGUGGUAAAGCAUUUGCACAUAGCAAUAGUCUUCAACAUCAUGAAAGAAUUCAUACUGAACAGAAGCCCUAUGAAUGUAGUCAAAGUAGGAAAAUCUUUUCAUAUCACAGUAGUCUUCAGAUUCAUACUGCAGAGAAACACUAGUAAUGUAGUUCACGUGGUAGAGGAUUUUCAUGUUACAGUAGUCUUCAGAUUCUUGAAAGAAUUCAUAUCGGAGAGAAACCCUAUGAUGUAAUCAAUGUGGUUAAAGCAUUGCAUAUCACAACCAUCUGCAAAUACAUAAAAGAACACAUACUGAAGGGAAAUGAAACUAAUGUAAUCAAUGUAGUAAAGCCUUUGAACAUCCUAGUUAUUUUCAAAUACAAAGGAACACAUACUGGAGAGUAACCUUAUGAGUGUAAUCAGCCUGUUAAAGUCUUUGCAUAUCACAGUUGUCUUUGAGGACAUGAAGGCACUCACACUGAAGUGAAUCUGUGAAUAUAAAGUAUUUGGUAAGAUCUUUAGGCUACAAACUUAAAUUCAAGUUACACAAGAUUUAUUGUGUAUUAAAAAUAUCUUACAAUGCAUGCUGACAGGAGUCUGAUUUAGCUGUCUCCUGAGAGGAUCAGCCAGAACAUGACAAAUAUAGAAGUGAAUGCUAGCAGCAAACCAUUGAACUGAGAACAGGGUCCCCGUUGGAGGAGUUAGAGAAAGGAUUGAAGGAGCUGGAGGGGCUUGCAACCCCAUAAGAACAACAAUACUAACCAACCAGAGCUCCCAGGGACUAAAUCACUACCCAAAGAGUACACAUGGACAGAUUCAUGGCUCCAGCUGCAUAUGUAGCAGAGGAUGGCCUUUUUGGGCACCAAUGGGAGGAGAAGCCCUUGGUCCUGCCAAGACUGGACCCCCCCAGUGCAGGGGAAUGUUGGGGGGGGACAGGAAGUGGAGGUGGUUGGGUGGGGGACCCCUUAUAGAAGAAAGGGAGAGGGAUGGGAUAGGGGGCUUAUGUCUGGGAAAGUAGGAAAGGGAAUAACAUUUGAAAUGUAAAUAAAGUAUAAAUAUUAAAAAAUAUCCAAUAAAAAUUUUACCUACUUUAAAAAAAAA